AUGGACAGGGGUGGUAAGCUCCGUUCUGAUUGGAACAGGCUACUGCUGGAAGAUGCUGUUGCUCCAUUGUUCAGAGAACUGUUGCUGGCGUUGCGGACACUUACAGACUCCACAAUACUGUAUUAUUCUUUAUGGCCAACUGGUUUAUAUGAGGAACCCUGGAGCAUUCUUGUGGAACAAAUUUACAAAGUUAUCUAUACAUCUCCAGUUUUGCAUUCAGAGAUCAAAGGUGGGACAUGGGUAUCACCGGCUGAGGCUUUGCUUCAUGAUGAGGGCUUUUCAAGAAGUAAUGAUCUUAGUGAAGCUCUUGUAUUGUUAGGCAUGCCUGUUGUUCGUGUACCAAGUGCAAUUGUUGAUAUGUUUUCAAAAUUCUAUAUGAAGUCAAAGAUAAAACGGGUUGCUCCUGCUGCAGUGAGACAUUUUCUCCAAGAUUUUGUAAAGCUUGGUACAUUAGGAAAAUCUCAUAAGCUAAUAUUACUGGAAUAUUGCCUUAGUGAUCUGGACAGUGCUGAUAUUGGUAAAUGCAUGAAUGGCCUCCCACUGAUUCCACUAGCAAAUAAGCAGUAUGGGAUUUUUUCUGAGAUUUCACAAGAGAGCACCUACUAUGUCUGUGAUAAGACAGAAUAUGACCUCCUUUCUGCAGUUGGUGACAGAAUAAUUGACCGAAGCAUCCCCCCUGUACUACUAGACAAGCUGUAUCAGAUAGCCAAUAACUCUCAGUCUCAGGUGAAUAUUUCACCCAUUGAUGGUCCAAUCUUUCUUCAGUUCUUCCCCAGGCUAUUUCCCCCUGGAUGGAAGUGUAAAAACCAAGUUCCUUGGGAUCCAUCAUCAGGUGUGUCAUCUCCUACGGCAGAUUGGUUUAAACUUUUUUGGCACUAUAUUGGGGAACGUUCUUAUGACCUUGAUUUGUUUAGUGACUGGCCUAUACUGCCUUGUACUUCUGGACACCUUUACAGAGCAUCUACAGCAUCAAAGUUAAUUGAAACAGAGUCACUAUCUAGUUUGAUGAAGGAACUAUUGGCCAAGUUAGGUUGCAAGAUAUUAGACACCAAGUAUUUAAGUGUGUAUCAACAGCUUUUUCAUUAUGUAUAUGAUGGUGAUGCAACUGGAGUUCUUAAUUCAAUCUUUGGGAUUGCCUCGCUGGAGGGAGUCGAUGUGCAUGCACUGUUUCAACGCAUCAAGCCUGGUGAGAAAAUUGAACUAUACCAGUUUCUUCUAGAUCCGAAAUGGUACAUAGGAGUCUGCCUUUCUGACAUGAACAUAAAGCUAUGCAAAAAGUUGCCCAUCUUCAGAGUAUUUGAUGGAGGAUCUCACAGUUCUUAUGGCUUCUCGGAUUUGUCCGGUUCAAAAAAGUAUCUGCCACCUCUUGGUGUUCCUGAGCACCUACUCAAGUCUGAUUUUGUGUUCUGUAUAUCCCCAAGCAACGAAGAUAUCAUAAUGAGGUAUUAUGGUGUUGAACGUAUGCCAAAAUCAGUCUUCUACCAGAGGUAUGUUUUGAACAAGUUAGAUGAGUUGCAAGCAGAGGUUCGUGAUUCAGUUAUACUAGCCAUCUUGCAAGAUCUGCCCCAGCUGUCCUUGGAAGAUCCAAGGUUCAAGGAAGGCUUGAAAGUCCUUAGAUUUGUGCCAACCAUUAAUGGGACCUUGAAAAGUCCUCAGUCUCUUUAUGAUCCUCGAGUGGAAGAACUCUAUGAUCUUCUCCAGGAAUCAGACUGCUUCCCCAAUGGCUUAUUUCAAAACCCAGACGUUCUUGAUAUGUUACUCUGCUUGGGGCUGAGAACUUCUGUUUCUACUGAUACUAUAAUAGAAAGUGCUCGGCAAAUUGAUUCAUUCGUGCGCAAGGAUCAAGAGAAGGCUCAUUCAAGGGGUAAAUUGCUUCUUUCAUAUCUUGAAAUUCAUGCUCACAAAUGGCAUGUAAAUAAGGCAUUUGAUGCCCGGAAGAAGGUGAAUAAUAUGUUUGCGAAAGUCACUACUGCAUUGAGGCCUCGUGAUACGUCUUGGGAAUUUGAUCUCGAGAAGUUCUGGAGUGAUUUGAGAAUGAUUUGUUGGUGUCCUGUGUUGGUCACUGCACCAAGCCCAGCCCUGCCGUGGCCUUCAGUUUCAUCGAUGGUCGCUCCACCUAAGCAAGUAAGGCUGCAGGAAGAUAUGUGGAUUGUUUCUGCUAGCUCACGUAUACUUGAUGGCGAAUGUACUUCCUCAGCUUUGUCUUAUAGCUUAGGUUGGUCAUCUCCUCCUUCUGGAAGUGUAAUCGCUGCUCAGUUGCUUGAGCUGGGUAAGAACAAUGAAAUUGUGACUGAUCAAGUCCUUCGGCAAGAGUUAGCGUUGGUGAUGCCUAAGAUUUAUUCGUUACUGACUAAUUUGAUUGGUUCUGAUGAAAUGGAUAUUGUCAAAGUGGUUCUAGAGGGCUGCAGAUGGAUUUGGGUGGGCGACGGAUUUGCAAAAGUUGAUGAAGUUGUUCUAAGUGGCCACCUUCACCUUGCGCCUUACAUUCGUGUCAUUCCAAUUGAUUUAGCAGUUUUCAAGGACUUGUUCUUGGAUCUUGGCAUAAAGGAGCACCUCGACCCUGUGGAUUACGCUAGUAUUCUGACCAGAAUGGCCAUGAGGAAAGCCACGGCUUCGCUUGAAGCUGAAGAACUAAGGACAGCUGUGUUAGUGGUGCAGCAUCUAGCUGAGUUCCGGUUUCAGGAUCAGCAAACACAGAUAUAUUUACCUGAUUCUUCAGCUAGGCUCUGCCUAUCUUCGGAACUUGUAUUUAAUGAUGCUCCUUGGCUUCUUGACUCUGGUCAAGACAUCUUUGGUGAUGCAUCCAGCAUUGCUUUCAGCCCAAAGAAGUAUGUUCACAAUUUUGUGCAUGGUAAUAUUUCCAAUGACGUGGCAGAAAGGCUAGGUGUUCGCUCCCUUCGCCGUCUCUUGCUUGCUGAGAGUUCUGAUUCGAUGAAUUUGAGUUUAUCAGGGGUUGCUGAGGCUUUUGGACAACAUGAAGAUUUGACUACAAGGCUCAAGCAUAUUGUUGAGAUGUAUGCAGAUGGUCCUGGGAUUCUCUUUGAGUUGGUACAGAAUGCAGAAGAUGCUAAAGCUUCUGAGGUUGUGUUUCUUUUGGAUAAGACCCAGUAUGGUACUUCAUCCAUCCUUUCACCUGAAAUGGCUGAAUGGCAGGGGCCUGCUCUCUACUGCUUUAAUGACUCAGUUUUUAGUCCACAAGACCUUUAUUCCAUCUCACGAAUUGGUCAAGACAGCAAACUUGAGAAACCUUUUGCAAUAGGAAGGUUUGGUCUUGGCUUCAAUUGUGUCUAUCACUUCACAGACAUGCCUGGAUUUGUUUCUGGUGAGAAUAUUGUCAUGUUUGAUCCACAUGCCCGUUAUUUACCAGGAAUAUCUCCUUCUCAUCCAGGUUUAAGGAUAAAGUUUGUAGGACGGAAGAUCUUAGAACAGUUCCCUGAUCAGUUCACACCAUUCUUACACUUUGGUUGCAACCUGCAACAGCCAUUUCCAGGUACACUUUUCCGGUUUCCUCUUAGGAAUGAAGCUGCCGCUUCUAGAAGUCAAAUAAAGCGCGAACAAUAUGCAACCCAAGAUGUGGAGAUGCUUUUCUCUUCAUUCUCUGAAGUUGUAUCUGAGGCUCUACUUUUUCUCCGCAACGUUAAAAAGAUAACUCUGUAUGUCAAGGAGCAUGACUCCCAGGAGAUGCAACUUGUUCAUCGUGCUUUGAAGCAGAACAGUUCCGAGGUCUCCAAAGAACCACAUGCACUUAAUACGAUGCUUGCAUUUGUACAUGGAAAUCAAUCAUCAGGAAUGGAUAGGAAUACUUUUUUCAAUAGGUUGAAUAAGACAAAAGACAGUGAUUUACCCUGGAGUUGUCAAAAAGUUGCUAUUCUUGAGCAAAGCCCUACUGUCCACUUGGUGCAUUCAUGGAUCUUAACCGAGUGUAUAGGCGGGGGUCAUGCUAGAAAGUUGUCAACUGCUUCUGAUAGUAAAUCUCAUUUCUUUGUUCCCUGGGCAUCAGUAGCUGCAUAUCUGCAUUCUGCGAGUGUGGAUGAUACCAAAGAACUGUCUGGUGAAGCUGAAGUUAACUGUGAUGAUUCUGUUCCUAAGCAUCUAGCUCUCCAAUCUUCUCAGAGCAGGAAUUUGUUUGAGGGUCGGGCCUUUUGUUUUCUUCCUCUACCAAUCAACACUAGCAUACCAGUGCACGUAAAUGCUUAUUUUGAACUAUCUUCAAAUCGAAGGGAUAUCUGGAUUGGAAAUGACAUGGCCGGGGGAGGAAGAGUGCGAUCAGAAUGGAAUCUUGCACUGCUUGAAGAUGUGGCUGCUCCUGCUUAUGGCCACCUCCUUGCAGCCAUGGCAGAAGAACUUGGUCCCUCUGAUCUGUUUCUCUCAUUUUGGCCUACUGCUGUAGGUGCAGAGCCAUGGUCUUCCAUGGUGAGGAAGCUUUAUGUAUCAAUCGCGGAACUUGGACUUAAUGUUUUGUAUACGAAAGCUCGAGGUGGCCAUUGGGUGUCAACGAGGCAAGCUAUUUUUCCUGAUUUCAGUUUCUCAAAGGCAGCCGAGCUGGCAGAAGUUCUCUCACAAGCUGGUUUACCUUUGGUAUCUGUAUCCAAGCUGAUAGUAGACAGUUUCAUAAAUGCAUAUCCAUCAGUUCAUCUCCUGAAUCCUCAUUUGCUAAGGAACUUGUUGAUCCGACGGAAGCGCGGGUUCAAAAGCAGAGAAGAGGCCAUACUUGUUCUGGAGUAUUGCUUGAGUGAUAUGGAUGAUCCUUCCCUUUCUGAUAAAUUGCACGGAUUGGCUCUUCUUCCUUUGGCAAAUGGAUCAUUCACAACAUUCAAUAACCGAGGGGAGGGUGAAAGAGUAUUCUUUGCUUCAGAAAUGGAAUUUGACUUUCUUAAGGAUUCAGUACCACAUCUUGUUAUUGAUAACUCUUUACCAGAUAGCGUUUUGAAGAAGUUGUUUGACAUAGCUUCUUCUGCACGGUCAAACAUGUACUUAUUUACGUGCAAUUUCCUUCUUGAGCUGUUGCCCGGGAUUUUGCCGCCUGAAUGGCAGCAUGCUAAGCAGUUAUCUUGGUUUCCUGAACAGCAAGGCCAGCCAAGCGUGGAAUGGAUGAUAUCACUUUGGAAUUUCUUGCGUCAUUCAUGUGAAGAUCUUUCAAUAUUUGCAAAAUGGCCUAUACUACCACUUGUAGAUGGCAAGCUUAUGCAACUUGGCAGUGCUUCAAAUGUAAUAAGAGAUGAUGGUUGGAGUGAAAAUAUGCACUCAUUGCUUCAGAAACUGGGCUGUUUCUUUCUGAGACCUGAUCUGCAGAUAGAGCACCCCCAGUUAGCUAAUUUUGUUCAGGAAUCCACUGCAGCUGGUGUUCUGAAUGCUGUGCAUUCCGUUGCUUCUAAUGUCCAGGAUAUUAAGGAACUUUUCGAGAGUACUUCAUUGGCAGAAACACAUGAGCUCCGUAGUUAUAUUUUCCAGUCAAAGUGGUUUUCAGGGAAUCAGAUAAACAUUUCACAUAUGAAUACAAUCAGGAACCUCCCCAUAUUUGAAUCUUAUAAAUCUAGGGAGCUUGUUAGUUUGGCAAAUCCUAGAAAAUGGCUUAAACCCGACGGUGUACAUGAGAAUCUGUUGAAUGGAAGCUUUAUAAGAACUGAAUCUGAAAAGGAAAAGUCGAUUUUAGUAUCAUACUUUGAUAUCAGGGAACCUGAAAAGGCUGAAUUUUACAAGGAUCAUGUGCUUCCUCGGAUGUCAGAGUUUCUGUCACAGCCAGCUGUUGUUUCAGCAAUUGUUCGUGAUGUGAAGCUGUUGAUAGAAGACAAUAGUUCUGUGAGAGCUGCGUUGUCUGAAACCCCUUUUGUCUUAGCAGCUAGUGGAGCAUGGCUACAUCCUUCUAGGCUUUAUGAUCCUCGUGUGCCAGAGUUUCGUAAGUUGCUGCACAAAGAAACCUUCUUUCCUUCAGAAAAGUUCAUGGCAACUGAAAUAAUUGAACUGUUGGCAAGUUUUGGACUGAAAAGAAAAAUGGGUUUUAGUGCUUUGCUUGACAUUGCAAGGUCAGUUUCACUGGUGCACAAUUCGGGACAAGAUGAUGAUGCAUGUGCGCAUGGGCAAAUACUACUUACCUGUCUAAAUGUUCUUGAAUCAAAGACGUCAAACAUGGAGGACAAGGACACUUUCCAUGAGGAUGUCGAUCUCGAAGCUUCUAAAACUGAUGAAAAUUUGGAAGCAGUAAAUGAAGUGGGUAGUUGUGACCCAGACCCAACUAUUAUGUCUUUAUUCUCAAACUUUGAUCUUGACCUACCAGAGCCUGAGUUUUGGUCAGAGCUGAAAAAUAUUUCUUGGUGUCCCGUCCAUGUUGCACCACUUAUUAAAGGUCUUCCAUGGCUCGAAUCAGAAGAUCAUGUAGCACCUCCAGUCAUUACAAGGCCGAGAUCACAAAUGUGGCUUGCUUCAUCAAAAAUGCGGAUACUGAAUUCCGAUUCUUGUUCCAUGUAUCUGCAAAGAAAACUCGGUUGGUUAGACCCACCAAAUGUGAAUGUUUUAUUGUCCCAGUUAGUUGAGCUUUCCAAGUCUUAUGAUGAACUCAAGAUGUUUUCUGAAGACACAUCCAUCGAUGCUGUCCUACAAAAGGAGAUCAAACUAAUCUACUCGGAAUUGCAAGAUAUCGUUGACAGUGGUGAUGCCCACAUUCUGAAAGAGAAUCUGGAUGGGAUUUCAUGGGUCUAUAUAGGGGACAGGUUUGUGCCUCCACAUGCACUUGCAUUUGAAUCGCCUGUAAAGUAUCAUCCUUAUCUUUAUGCAGUUCCGUCUGAACUGUCAGAAUUUAAAAAGUUACUCUUCAAGUUGGGUGUGAGGCAGACAUUUGAUGCAACAGAUUAUCUCAAUGUACUUAGUCGCUUACAAGGUGAUGCCAAAGGAGAGCAAUUGUCUGCAGAACAACUGAGUUUUGUUCAUUGUGUUUUGGAAGCAUUUGUGGAUUGUUAUCCUGACAGUCAAGCAGCUGAUGCUUUACUGAAUUCAUUGGUGAUUCCAGAUUCAUUUGGUGUCCUGACACCUUCGAGAAACCUUCUCUAUAAUGAUGCACCCUGGAUGGAUACUGAUUCCACUUCAAAGCAUUUUGUGCAUCAUAGUAUUGGUAAUGAUCUGGCCAAUAGACUAGGGGUACGAUCUCUUCGUGGAUCUUCGUUAUUGGAUGAUGAGCUAAUGAGGGAUUUGCCAUGCAUGGAAUAUGCUAAGAUAAGUGAGUUGCUAGCUCUGUAUGGUGAGAGUGACUUCCUUCUGUUUGACCUCAUAGAGCUAGCUGACUCUUGCAAUGCAAAGAAAGUGCACCUGAUCUAUGAUAAAAGAGAUCAUCCGAAGCAGUCUCUAUUGCAGCAAAAUCUAGGUGACCUCCAGGGUUCUUCAUUGACAGUGGUCUUUGAAGGAACCAUGAUAAGCCGAGAAGAAGUUUGCAGCCUCCAACUUCCUCCUCCUUGGAAACUAAGGGGAAACAUCCUUAACUACGGGCUGGGACUUCUUAGCAGCUAUUUUGUAUGUGAUGCCUUGACUAUUCUUUCUGCUGGCUAUUUCUACGUUUUUGAUCCAUUGGGCUUGACUGGUGGUGCAACUUCCACUGCAACCUCGUCUGCCAGAUUCUUCUCUUUGAUAGUAUCAGCUCAUGUUUUUUAUACUUUGAAUGAAGCCCUUAACGCUACUGGCUUUUCAGGAAAUGACUUGGUUGAGAGAUUUCGUGAUCAGUUCCUCCCAAUGCGCGUUACACAGGAGGCUUCAUUGUCUUCUGCAAACUCUACGGUUAUUCGGAUGCCUUUAUCUUCAAAAUGUCUGAAAGAACUUGAAGCAGGUUGCGACAGAGUAAAGCAGAUUUUUGAAAGAUUUAUGCAGAAUCCAUCCAGUACUCUCCUGUCCCUGAAGUCAGUCAUUCAGGUAUCUUUAUCAACAUGGGAGGAUGCAGCCUCUCAGCCAACCCUGAACUAUUCCGUGCUUGUUGACCCAUCAGUAGCUACUUUGAGGAACCCAUUUUCAGAAAAGAAAUGGAGAAAGUUUCAAAUAUCCAGAAUAUUUGCAAGUACAAGUGCAGCAAUCAAAAUGCAAGCUAUAGAUGUGCAUGUGAUUGAGAGUGGCUGCAGUUAUAUUGACAAAUGGUUUGUUGCCCUCUGCCUUGGGUCAGGGCAAACAAGGAAUAUGGCUCUUGACAGACGGUAUCUUCCCUACAACUUAACUCCUGUUGCUGGAGUAGCAGCUCACAUAGCUCGAAACGGAGUACCAACCAAUAUAAAUGCAUCCAGUUGUAUAUUAUCUCCUUUGCCGCUAUCUGGGUCAAUAAGCAUGCCAGUCACGACUAUAGGUCAUUUCCUUGUGAGGCAUGAUGGUGGACGCUACAUUUUUGGCAGCACACAUGAUAAAUCUUUACGGGAAAUGGACAGAAACAAAUUGGUUGAAGCAUGGAAUGAGGAACUUAUGCUAUGUGUGCGUGAUUCAUAUGUUGAGAUGGUCCUAGAAUUUCAAAAGCUUAGGAAAGACCCUCUAUCUUCUGCUAUUGAAUCACGCUGUGCACACUCUGUGAGUAUUAUUUUACAGGCUUAUGGUGAUAGGGUAUACUCUUUUUGGCCAAGAUCGAAACAACCUACAGCUUCACUCACUGGGCAAGGUUCUGCCGUAGACAAUUUGAAUUCACCAAGAACAUCUAAAGCAGAUUGGCAGUCCUUGAUAGAGCAAGUGAUAAGACCAUUCUAUUUACGGUUGGCUGAUCUUCCCGUUUGGCAACUUUACCGGGGAAAUCUUGUUAAAGUGGGCGAGGGUAUGUUCUUAUCCCACUCAGGGAGCGGAGACGAUGAUAACCUACCAUCUGCUACUGUCUGUAGUUUCAUUAAAGAGCACUAUCCUGUUUUUUCUGUUCCAUGGGAGUUGGUUAGUGAAAUCCAAGCAGUUGGAGUUACUGUAAGAGAGAUCAGGCCCAAGAUGGUUAGAAAUCUACUAAAAGAGUCUUCAUCCAUUUUACUUCGAUCUGUUGAAACAUAUAUAGAUGUUCUUGAAUAUUGCUUCUCCGAUAUGGACCCAUACCGGUUUACAGAUCUACAUAUACCUGAUCAGUCACAACUUAACAGUCAACUUGUUCAACCAGUGAAUGCUUCCACAUCACAAUUUAUGCCAUCUUCAAGCAGUUCUUCAUCUUACCAUACAAGUACACAGAGGCCGGGUACUUCUGGGGGCGACGCACUUGAAAUUAUGACAUACUUCGGGAAGGCCCUAUAUGACUUCGGUCGGGGGGUUGUCGAGGAUAUCAGCAAGACCAGUGGCCCAGCAUCCCAUAGGGCCCAAGCUGCUGAGAAUAAUGUGUUGUCAUCUAUCAUAUCUGAACUCAAAGGUGUCCCAUUUCCAACGUCAACAAAAUGUCUAACAAGGCUGGGAGCUACCGAACUUUGGAUUGCCAAUGAGGAGCAGCAAAUAUUGAUGCGCCCCUUGCUAGAUCGCUUUAUCCAUCAUCAGUGUUUAGAAAAGCCUUUCUUGGCACUGCUGCUCUCAACUCAGGUUAUUCAUGUGCCUCUGAAAUUGAGGAGUUUUUCUCCUCACUUAUUAUCAGGCCAUUUGAAGCACAUAUUUGAUGAGCGUUGGGUACGUGCAGUUGAGAGGAAGCCACAAUGGGUUCCUUGGGACAGUAGUUCUGAUUCAUCAACCACUGGGCCAACUCCCAAAUGGAUUAGAAGCUUCUGGAAAAUAUUUAGCUCCUUGAAUGGUGACCUUUCACUUGUGUCUGAUUGGCCCUUGAUUCCUGCUUUUCUCAACAGGCCAAUUCUCUGCUGUGUGAAAGAACGCCAUCUAAUAUUUGUACCUCCAGUGGAUGAUUCAAACACUCAGAUGGUACAUGUUAGUGCGGUUGUUGAUGAUGUAGCUAGUGAGGUUGAUACAUCUGGUCUAAACGGAGAUGACACUGGUGAAGCUGAACAGAAGAGUCCACUUGAUACUGCAUUCGAGUCAAUGAACUCAAAGUUUCCGUGGUUAUCUGCUCUGCUUAAUCAGUUGAACAUACCAAUUCUUGAUUUGUCUUUCCCAGAGUGUGGUGUCAUAUGCAAUUUGUUUCCUUCACGUGAUCGAACUCUUGGACAGACGAUUGCUUCCAAGUUAGUUUCAAUAAAAAAUGAUGCUCAUUUACCUUCAUCACUUAGUCUAUCAAGUGAAGAUUGUGAUAGACUGUUCAUGCUAUUUGUCUCAGACUUCAGAUUAUCUAGCAGCCACCUUUAUCAGAGAGAAGAAUUGGAUGCCUUGAGAGAGCUUCCGAUGUAUAAAACAGUUACAGGAGCAUACACUAGUCUGUCAGGGUCUGAUCAUUGCAUUAUUUCUCCCACAGCAUUCUUUCACCCCAGUGAUUCCCAGUGUUUUUCUAGCUCAGAUAAUGCAAAUUUGUUUCUUCAGGCUUUGGGGGUUGAACAAUUAAAUGAUCAAGAAAUACUAGUGAGGUUUGCUUUGCCUGGCUUUGGGAACAAAACAGUUCAAGAGCAGGAAGACAUUUUAGCCUACUUGUAUGCUAACUGGAAAGAUCUGCAACUUAAUUCAGCUGUAGUAAAUACCUUGAGGGAGACUAAUUUUGUGACAAAUGCAAAUGAGUUUUGUACAGAGCUGUUCAAACCAAAGGAACUACUUGACCCUUCAGAUGCUUUGCUGGCUUCAGUAUUUUCUGGGGAGAGAAAUAAGUUCCCUGGCGAAAGGUUCAUGUCAGAUGGUUGGCUUGGUAUACUCAGAAAAGUGGGUCUUCGGAUAUCUACAGAGGCUGAUAUGAUAGUACAGUGUGCUACGAAAAUAGAAACAAUGGGAAAUGAUGUGAUGUCAUCUUUAGAGAAACAUGAUGACUUUGAUGCAGACUUGUCAGACAGAAAAAAUGAAAUUCCUUUUGAGUUAUGGUCAUUGGCAGAAUCUGUUGUAAAUGUGAUUUUGGCAAAUUUUGCUACUUUGUACGAUAGCAGUUUUUGCCAAAAGAUCGGAAAAAUUGUAUUUGUACCUGCAGAAAAAGGCUUUCCAAGUAUUGGUGGCAAGAAAGGGGGUAGAAGGGUAUUUGCAUCUUAUAGUGAGGCUAUCUUAUUAAAGGACUGGCCAUUGGCAUGGAGCUCUGCUCCAAUUCUUGCCAAACAAUCAAUUAUUCCACCUGAUUUUUCUUGGGGAGCAUUUCAGCUUCGGAGUCCCCCUGCCUUCUCUACAGUUCUAAAGCACUUGCAGACUGUUGGGAGAGGCAAUGGUGAGGACACACUGGCACACUGGCCAUCUUCAUCAGGCAUAAUGACAGUAGAGGAUGCCUUUCUCAGGAUCUUGCGGUACUUGGAGAAAGUAUGGGGAACAAUAUCGUCUUCAGGAAAAACAGAAUUGAUGGAACUGGCAUUUAUACCAGUUGCAAAUGGUACUCGCUUAAUAGAAGCGAAAUCACUUUUUGCUCGCCUGACUAUCAACAUGUCACCUUUUGCUUUUGAACUUCCAAGUCUGUAUCUUCCAUUUGUUGCCAUUCUUAGAGAAAUUGGGAUGCAGGAAAGCCUUACAAACUCUUAUGCAAAGGAGCUUCUUUUAGAUAUCCAAAAAGCAUGUGGUUACCAACGCCUGAACCCAAACGAACUCCGCGCAGUGAUGGAAAUCUUGGACUACAUGUGUUCAGGAGUCAGCCAGCCUAUCUCAGACGGAUCAGAAGGGCUUUUUGAUUCUGUAAUACCAGAUGAUGGCUGCAGGCUUGUCUCAGCUACAUCAUGUGUGUAUAUUGACCCAUAUGGUUCUCAUUUGCUGAGUAAUAUUAAUACAUCCAGGAUAAGAUUUGCUCACCCAGAUCUUCCUCAGAACAUUUGCAAGGCCUUGGGCAUAAAAAGACUCUCCGAUGUCAUUGUAGAGGAACUUGAUGGGAAAGAAGAGAUUGAGGUUCUGGACAACAUUUGCUCAGUUACUCUGGAUAGAAUAAAAGAGAAGAUGCUUACUAAAUCUUUGCAUGCUGCAUUAAGGAUUGUGAUGAUCGGUAUAACCAAUCAUUUCCCUUCUUUUGAAGCCCUCAGUAUAGUGCAAAUAGAAAGUAUACUAAAGGAUAUAUCACAGAAUCUGCAGUUUGUUAAACAUGUCCAUACUCGCUUCCUAUUGCUUCCCAAUCUCCAAGAUGUUACGAGAACAGCUCAGCAUCCUUCUCUUGCUGAAUGGUCAAGCAACGGAAAGCACCGAAGCAUUUAUUUUGCUGAUAAAUCCAUGGGUCAUAUUCUAAUCGCAGAGCCCCCGAGUUUUUUGACAGUACAUGAUGUUAUUGCAAUUGUCGUCAGUCACAGAUUAGGGGCACCGGUAAUCUUGCCAAUCGCUUCGGUAUUUGCAUGCCCAGAUGGUUCAGAGAAAGAAGUGCUUCAAAUACUCCAUCUUGGCACUGACGUUGGAGUUUCGAAACGCGAAGGAAGGUAUGACUGUUCCCUGGGAGGAGAGUUAUUGUCACAAGAUGCUCGCCAGGUCCAAUUCCUUCCGUUGAGACCAUUCUACAGCGGAGAGAUUGUGGCAUGGAAGACAGGAAAAGAGGGGGAAAAGCUCAGGUAUGGUAGGGUUCCUGAAGACGCAAGGCCAUCAGCCGGCCAAGCACUUUACAGGUUUCCGGUGGAGACAGCCCCUGGCGAGACUCGCAUGCUACUCUCCAGUCAGGUUUACUCAUUUAAGAGUGUUUCAACGGCUGACCUCUCUUCUGCACCUUCCCAACUGGAUGUUGGUAGAGUGGCAGAAGUUGGACAACCGGGCCACUCGUCCGUCAGCGCUAGAACUGAAGGCGCAGAUGAUACGGCUGCUGGGCUUGAAUACGGCAAAGUAUCUUCCACGGAGCUGGUACAAGCAGUCCAUGAUAUGCUUUCAGCUGCAGGGGUAAGGAUGGAUGCUGAGAAGGAAACACUGCUACAGACUACUCUUUCCUUGCAAGACCAGCUUAAAGAAUCUCAAGUGGCUCUCUUGGUGGAGCAGGAAAAAGCCGAGUCGGCGGUGAAAGAAGCCGACAUUGCCAAGGCGGCAUGGUCGUGCCGCGUCUGCCUGAACUCCGAGGUCCUCGGUGUCGCGAUGCCCGUUUUGCCGGACCCAGGUAUCCAAAAUGAUGAAGAUAUUCAGGCCAUGAAGACACCGAGGGCUGCUGAAAGCGUUUGA